UGGCCGGCCCUCCUAUCACUCCAAAUCGAUCACGCUGACGGGUCGGCCGACGCGUUGCAACCCAAAGCAGAAGUAGUGCGAUCACCACUUCAACGCAUUGAAGCAAAGUGAAAGCACACUACUCUACAAAUUUUCUCCUCGCAUUAAAACCUCCAAGUAGAUGAUCAUGGAGCCUUGCGUCGCAGUGCUGGAGCGUCUAUCGGUGGACUUGGGCUGCAGCCCGGUCUCCAGGGAGCUGGCUGCAGAGCUGGACCGGCGGGACGAGCUGGGCCACCUGAGACAGCAGUUCUUCCUGCCGAAAGUAGCGGACCUGCCGCCGUCGGAUCUUUCGCUGGUUGACGGUAGCCAGGAAUGCAUUUACUUUGUGGGGAACUCACUGGGGCUUCAACCCAAAAGCACCAAGAAAUAUCUCGAAGAGGAGCUGGAGAAAUGGGCCAAGUUGGCAAUACACGGACACACCGAGGGCAGCAGGCCCUGGGCAUGGGCGGAGGAAACCAUCGAGCAGCUUAUGGGGAAAGUUGUUGGUGCCAAACCAGAGGAAGUAGCUUUGAUGAACGGGUUGACCGUUAAUUUACACCUACUCCUACUUUCCUUUUAUCAACCGACAGCAUCACGUCACAAAAUCCUGAUGGAGGACAAGGCGUUUCCAUCAGACCAUUACGCUGUCGAGUCUCAGAUUCGCCUGAAAGGUCACGACCCCAAGGAGAGCAUGCUGUGCCUGUCACCAAGACCGGGCGAGGACACGCUGAGGACGGAAGACAUCCUGGAGGUAAUCGAGGAGCAGGGCGACUCCAUCGCCGUGGUGAUGUUCAGCGGCGUGCAGUACUACACCGGGCAGCUCUUCGACAUGGAAGCCAUCACCAGGGCCGGCCAUAAGGAGGGUUGCUACGUGGGGUUUGACUGCGCCCAUGCAGCAGGGAAUGCUGAGCUGAAGCUGCAUGACUGGGGGGUGGACUUCGCCUGCUGGUGCACCUAUAAGUAUGUGAACUCUGGGGCCGGUGGACUGGCGGGAGCGUUUAUCCACGAGAAGCAUGCCGACACCGUGAGACCGGCGCUCCUAGGGUGGUGGGGACAUGACAGAAAAACGCGUUUCCAGAUGAAUAAUGUGAUGGAGCUUCAACCAGGCGUGCAUGGAUACAGAUUGUCCAACCAACCCAUCCUACUAGUCGCCCCCCUGCAGGCCAGCCUGGAGAUCUUCGACAUGACCAGCAUGUCGGCGCUGCGCUGCAAGUCUAUGCUGCUGACGGGUUACCUGGAGUACCUGAUCCAGCACUACUACACCCGGGACCCCUGCCGGCCUGACCAUCCCCACGUCACCAUCCUCACCCCCAGGGACCCCCAGCAGAGGGGCUGCCAGCUGUCCCUGUCCUUCUCAGUGCCCAUCGGCAGAGUCUUCCUCGAGCUGGAGAGGAGAGGAGUGGCGUGUGACAUGCGGGAGCCAAGCGUGCUGCGUGUGGCCCCCGUGCCUCUUUACAACUCCUUUAAUGACGUGCAUCGCUUCGUGGAGCUCCUGGGUGCGUCUCUCAUCGCCAGCGGGUCUCAGAAGUAGAAGCCGGGAGAUCUGCUUCACUGAACAGAAGGCCGCAGCCCAGCCCUCCGGCCCUGUUUCCUCAGUAGCACUGUCUACGAAGGCUCCUUGUGUAUGUGUGUGUUCCAAUGUUCAAACUAGCCCCAGACAGCCUUGACAGAGGAGACGGUUGAACAAGGCUGUCUGGGGUAGUUUGAACGUUUUUAACGGAGUGAGUGUGGAUGACGGCUGGUUUCAGCAGCCUCACCUGGCGGAGUCUGAUUGGACCCUGGGGCUGGGUGAGGCUGCACACCUGUUGUGCAUUGAGUAAUCAGCCGGCACAGGUUAAACCAGCCAUCACCAUACACACUGAGGGAGAUCUCCUGCACGGCAACAUGGAGCACCAGCUCAUGUAUCAAUGUCUGCAAACCUUUCAAUAAACCGACUUUCAACAUCACACCCUGCGCUUCAUGUAGCAUGGACUUUGUAACAGACACAAUUCACAUAUUGUAGUCCUGUAUUUGGUAGUAAUGCUAAAUAGUAAAGAAAACAAAGUAUCGAAAGAUUUUACGGUUAUUAAUCUCAGACUAUUGUAAUUACAUCAAUGUAAACCACUACAUAUGCAGUAGUAAAAAACAACAAUAACAAUACAACUAUUACGAUAUAUUAGUGCUGUCAGUUAAACGCGUAAUUAACGCCGUUAACGCAAACCAAUUUUAACAGCAUACAUUUUUUAUCGCGCGAUUAACGCAUUUCUUUUUUUUGUUUGUUUUUCUUUGGCUCAAAACAAAGAAGCGGUAGCCUGACUGCUAUGUUCAAGGCAGUAUGUUAGUAUGUUCAUCGUUUAAUUGCACUAUAGGCUUUUUUUUGUAUCGUCCUGUUUUGAUCAGUAUAUGCCAAUGUUGUUAUCAUAAAAAAACAUUUGCACAAGGCAAGCCGAUGCACUUCUCCAUGUUGAUAAGAGCAUUAAAAUGAGAAAAAUUAAUGGGACAAAGAAAUCAAGGAAUAUUUAGCAUAGAAUUUGUUUUUAAUAAAAUAUAAUAAAUUAAAUAUUUGAAUCGCUUGACAGCACUACUAUAUAUAUAAAAAGGUACUUAGCACUUCAGCCAAUGAGGGCAAAUGUCACAAUUUCAGCCUCCCAAGACUACAGCCCUCAACUUUAUUAGUUCCCUCGGUGGGUAAGCCUGAAUAGUUGCACGCAUGUGACAACACAAUGCAUUAUCAUUAGCUCUGCAUUGCAUUUCCGUGCGAAUGCCUUUCCAUCGAGUUGCCAUGGUUUCCCCAAAGAUUCUAGAAGGUUUCCCCACCCAAACAACUAGUAUGUCCUCUUGGCUAAAGAGCACUUUUGGGCGUAAGGAGAUAAAAAUCGAACCCAGUUCGGUUUGGAUCCCCACCAGGAAUCAGUUGUAGUCACAUUAUACCAUUAUAUCAACAAUAUAUAUAUACAUUAUAAUGAUUCAAAUCCCUUAAUAAACCCAUGCUCACUAUCUAUCAUAUGUUCUGUAAAUAUAUACAGAUAUAUAUAUAUGCAUGCCCCUUGCCCCUUAAUGGUCCUGGAUGUUUAUGCAGUAUUUCCUUGACGUAUGCCCAUUCAGCGAUUAGACAUAAUUGGCGUAUCAAUAUGCAAAACCUAAAUGGAUUAAACCCUUGGAACUAAUGAGCGCACAGCUGGGGAACAGACCGAAAUUAGCAUUUGUCAUCUUUUGGGUUGAUGAGAGACUAAAUAAUUGACGAGAGGCGGCUAUUGUCUUUCCCUGGGCUACGUAGCCACAAAAUGGCCGGACUGUAAAAUAAGGCAUAUGCAGAUGUACGUCGUUAAUGAUGAGAAUGGGG